AUUUUUUUUUUUUUUUAAAUCUUUUUCCACAAGCAAAGUUUUAUUUUAACGUCGGAUUAAGAUACUGUUACACCAAGCUCUCUGUCACAGACAACUGUGAUGGACAGCGUAAGCACAGCACUUUCACUGCAGGCCAAAGAUACUUAAAAAAAUGUCCCCGUUACCUGUCCUGGGGAACUUAAAGCUUUGUUCUCUGCUAGUUCGGUUACUAUAUACUAAAUUGAUAUAUGGCAAGUAACAUUUCGCCAAGAUAAGCAUAAACAGGUAAAACGCAAUUAGAGUUCACUGUCAAAAAAUUAUCUACUGAGCUCCAGGCAAGAGCGCCACUGUUAGCCCCGCCCAUUGGUGACAUCAUUGUCCUAUCCUGCUUCCUUGCACCUUUUCUUGGAUAAAUAUACAGUAUGUCAAUUUCACAUCGUCCACUCCAGCAGGCGACAUUGUAAUCAAAUUGAACAGCACUAUUCUGCAAGAAGGCAGACAAGACCCCCGGAAGCGGAAAUUAAUGUUUUAUUGCAUAGCCCAAAAGUACUGUUUAUUUUUGCAGAAGCACAACACAUAUAUUUGAAGGAAUACAAAACUUACUCGAGUUUCAGUCGGGCGGCUGUACCAAACAAAGGCUGCGGUUUUCUAUCUUGGACUUCUCAUCCCAGCCUUAGAACCACUACAGAAUGGAGGAAGCAAAAGCCUUCCUGAAAGAAGAUGUGCUGUCUCACUUGGAGAUGCUGGAGGCACGGUCUCGCAAUUUGGCUGUUCAACAGCAGGAGGGGUUGCUGCAACAGGAAAGGGUGGCUGAGCUGAGAGAGACAGUGGAGGUACUGCAAGUGAGCAGAGACCAGCUCAGAGCCAAGAUUGCCACUGGCAGGGCUGCCCGCCAGCUGGAAGAGGAGAGCGAUACAGAUGAUGAGGAUGAGGCGCCACUCUCCCCUGAUGAAGAGACACUGAUGGCCAUUAUGAACGCCAGAGUUAUCAACCUGCAAAACAUGCUGCAGGUCCACCGACUCGCAGGAUUUGAUAUAAAGGUGGCCCGUCCGGGCAGAGCGGUGUGUUUUACAGUCUACACAGCCUUUGAGGGCAUCUACUUGGAUACCUACUGCCUGGAUGUGGACAUCAAACAGAUACAAAUCAGCCGCCACAACAUUCCGCCGCUCAUCCCUGUGGCGGAGCUUGCAGAGCAGUACCUGCGGCAAGACAUCCCCACCUUCCUCAGCAUGCUCAGCAGGCACCUUAAUGCCUACGUGGGCAGGAAGUACCAGAUUGACCAGAUAAAGGAACACUUUGGGUGCUCUGUACGGAUUGAGAACACUUUGUGUAGUAUGCUGAUCCUGGAGUACGGCACUUGCUGUAAGGGAGUGGAGUACAAGUUUAUUGUUGCACUGGAAUACAGAGAUGUCACACGCUGCAUGCCCACUAAGGUCACCGUCACCUUCACAGGUGAAGGGUCGGUCCCUGUGGAGAAGAGGCAGGCACAACACUGCUCCCUCUUCCAGCAGACACCAGCUCACACGGUCCUGCAGAUGCUGAAGAAGAAAGGGCAUAUCAUAGGGAAGGACACAAAGCAGUGAGAGAGGGGCUGAAUGGCGCUGGAAAGCAUCUGAGGCUGCUACCUUAUGCAGUUUGAAGACAUAAGGGCCAGACACCUAAUAAAACAUGAAAAGUUGUAAUUUUGGUUUCCUAUCUCUGUAUACGCAAUAUCUCUCACUAGAAAAUACAGCUAGUUAAAAAGGCAAUUUAAACUUGCCAACAGUUUUGAGGUAAUUGCUGGAUGGUCUGCCAAUCUCUAAUUAUAGCAUAAUUGUAAAAGGAACAGUUCUACAAAUGGUUGCCUGGAUAUGCAUGGAUAACCUGUUGUGUCCAUAUACAAAGGAUACAUAUGCUCUGACUGAUAAAGAAGCAUGUGCCUUAUUAUUCAAAAGUUUCUUUAUUGCUUAGAUUCAUUUGCACACUUUUUUGUUUGUUUUAUUUUGUAUAUUUUGUUUAUUGCAGAUCACUAUUUCCAGGU